AUGAAGACUCCUCUCGUCGUUGUUCUCCUUUUCUUUUUAUUCUUUUCGUUGAAAGCGGAGCGCGUUGAAAGUGGAUUUCACGUUGAACGGGCUUCUUUUACGGUUUCUUUACCGAGCAAAUUGAAAGGGAAAUACGACAUGGCAAUCGCCAAUUUCGGUGUGCCGUUGUACGGAGCGACGUUGGUGGGAUCGUUUAAGUAUCCUAAAACUGACCAAGACGGGUGCGCAGAGUUCGACGCGAACGCAUUCAACACCAACAGUUCAUAUGGAGCAAACAUCAUGCUCUUGAACCGAGGUGAGUGCCCGUUCACGACAAAGGCGUUUUUCGCACAAAAAGCUGGAGCUGAAGCGGUAAUUAUCGUCGAUAAUAUUGCGGAGGAUUUGAUUACCAUGGAUGCUGCCGAUGAUGCGGAAUCACAAGAGUACGUGAAGAACAUAUCGGUUCCGGUUGCGUUAAUAACGGAAAGCGUCGGUGAAAAAUUUGAGGAAGAACUCUCAGCCGGCAACGCCGUCAUCGCUACCCUCAAUUGGACUGAUGUGUUACCACAUCCUGAUUCAAGGGUCGAGUACGAAAUAUGGACAGAGUUGACGGAUUCGUGCGGCGCGAAAUGCGACGCGCAGGUUGGAUUUCUCAACGAUUGGGCGCCCAUAGCGAAAGAGUUGGAAACCAAGAAUUACACCCAGUUCACGCCCCAUUAUCUCACGUGGUCGUGUCCGGAAGGGUACGAAGAUUCCGACGUUUGUCUGUCAGAAUGUAUAAAUCAUGGCAGAUAUUGUAUUCCUGAUCCAGACGACGACUUGUAUAGCGGAUAUUCCGGAGCGGAUGUUGUCGUAUCGAAUUUACGAGCUCUCUGCGCGUUUAAAGCUGCGAAUGACUCCCAAAUCCCAACAAAAUGGUGGGACUACAUCACUGAAUUUCAAUCGUCGUGUAAAAUGAGUACCGGGUUGUUCAAUUCAUACGAUUGCGCUGAGACAUCAAUGAAGCGAGCGGGUUUGGAUACUUCCUCGUGGAAAAACUGUAUAGGGGAUAUCGACGCUAAUUCUGAAAACGCUAUGAUGGAGGAGCAAAUUAUCGCGCAAUCACCUCCGAGUGAGUCCACUCGAUCUUCGGUGCGAAUAUUACCAACAGUGGUUAUAAAUGACGUGCAAUAUCGAGGUAAGCUAGCGCGCGGUGAAGUCUUGAAGGCGAUAUGCGCGGGAUUCCCCAACGAUCUCAAGCCAGAGAUGUGUAGCGAUAGUGGACUCAUAAACGAUAAGUGUGCCCAGGGAGCUGAUGGUUGGAACACUUGUCUGAGUGAUCCUAAUAAGAGCGGGGAGACAACAUGCUCGACGACGAGUGCAUUUCCAUAUUACGAGUGUAUCUGCCCGAAGGGCUUACACUCCGAGUUUUCAGAUUCAUUAAACACGUGGAGUUGCGUGUCCGUGCAACAGACUGCGCGAAGCGUCGGGAAGACGUCGACGGUUUUGGCCAGCGUUUUCUUUUCCUUGUUAGUGCUGGUCACUUGUUUGUUUUUAUUCUAUCGUUGGAAAAUGAAGCAAGUCAUGAACCAGGAGAUUCGGGGGAUUCUCAGUCAGUACAUGCCUUUGGAUGAUGACGAGAUGGAAGAGGAGGAGGACACGGCGCGCUUGAACGCUGGAAAUGAUAGUAGCAGCAUCCGAUUGGGGAGAAGUGGAUCGCCAACAGCGAUGUUUGGAGUUGAGAAUGGUAGAGGUGGUGGGUUUAACACCAGUAGGGGGGAGUUUGAUCACUUGUAA